AGACCUCCACGACCCGAAUGUUCCGGAAACGGGGAAUUCCAGAGACCUCGCACCCACGGCCUUCUUCCACGUCUCCGUCGUCCCCGAAUUCCCCACCACCACCAACCCCCAGGAGUUAAAACGCCGUCCCGGGCCAAGAGCGCAAGGAAUUCUCUCCGGCGAGACCCCACCCUCGCGCUGCGUCACGCCCGUGAGCUCCCGGAGACCCAGGCUUUGCGGAGCCCGUCUGAUCUAGUCGCUCGGAAAUGGAGGGAGGGCGGAAUGGGAGAGACGACUUCUUCGGCGCGGGGGACCCGUUCGCGGGGUUCGGCCGCCGGGGGAGCUCGAUUCCUCCUGGCAUGUUCGGGGGGAGGGAUCCGUUCGACGACCCGUUCUUCACGCAGCCGUUCGGGGGCAUGAUGGGCGGCGGCCCUGGCUUGUUUGGCCCUAGUCUUUUCGGGCCGAUGGGCGGCCCUGGCAUGUUUGGCUCGUUCGGGGAUGGGUUCGUCCAGCAGGCUCCUGCGAGGCGCGGGAACAAUCACGGAAGGCCUGUGAUUACAGAGAUUGAUGAGGAGGAAGGGGAGGAUAGUGAGCGUGGCGGCGGGGAGCAGGCGAACCAUGGGGCCUUUGUUCAGGAGCCAGAUGAUGGAAAUGAUGGGAUGCAAGGAGGUCAGGUUCAGCUGCGGAGAGAUUUGAAUAGAUCGCAACCGCGCGCGUUCUCGUACCAGAGCUCUUCUGUGACAUAUGGCGGUAUUAAUGGAGCCUAUUACACAGCGUCGAAGACCCGGAGGAGUGGCAGUGAUGGGAUCACUGUCGAAGAAAGCAAGGAAGCAGAUACGACAACUAAAGAGGCCACUCAUAGGAUCUCUCGAGGAAUUCAUGACAAGGGACACUCGGUAACAAGGAAGCUGAAAUCAGAUGGGAAGGUGGACAGUACACAGAUAUUGCACAAUCUUGAUGAAGAUGAAUUACCUGGGUUUGAGGAAUCAUGGAAGGGGAAUGCUGGACAGCACUUACCUGGCUGGAACCAUAAUGCUGGUAUAUCUAAUGGGGAUAACUCUGGUAACCGCAGUGCUAAUGGUGCACAGAGCCGGGCUCUUCCUGGGACGCAGCAACUCCAGGGGGAUCCCAGGAGGCGCGGUGGGCGGCCAAAAUCAUCACGAAUCAUCCCAAUCUCCUGAAGAGGUCAUUGCUUGUGUGUCCAUGGAGUACAUGAACAAGAAAGAAAUGCUCUGUCGUGCUAGCAGUUCAUUAGAUUCAGGUGUAUCUGUUACUUUAGAGAGCUAGGUUUGAGAGAUGGAUGGAUGCCUGGAGGUCCGGAUGUGAUCUACUACGUGCUACCCGGUGUUUGUUUUGUUCGUGUUCGUGACAGUGAAAUUAAAACGCUGUCGAGUCUACGUGCUGUCUUGUGUUCACACUGUCGAGUCUUGUGUCUGUAAAAACUGCAUUUGCUCUCAUGUGACGUUUGUGAUGGUUUACUGUAGAAUAAAACAAAUGGUUUGGCUAUGUCUCA